CCCACUGCUCACAGGCACCUCCCACUUGGUGGUGCCGUACCGUUAUGUGCGAGACACUCAAAGUUAGAAUAACGGUGUUUUACGGGGACCACAAGGAACCACACCGAACAUGUGAGUCUGGCCAGCCUUCGUGGAGUUUUACUUUCGACGUCCAACAUGAGCUUGCAGGUUCCCUGGUGGGUCCCGCUGCUGUGGCUGGCAGGUGUGUGCUCCGGCGUCCAGGUGUUCGUGAGGGACGAGAAGCGCUUCGCCGUGCUCUUCCAGGCGGUGGUCCUGCCGUGCCACUACACCAGCGUCUCCACCCAGACGCCCGUGGUGCAGUGGGUGUACAAGUCCUACUGCCGCGACCGCACGCGGGACACCUUCGGCUUCUCCAACAGCCGGGCCGGCGCCGGCGGGGCCCUGGGCGCCGGGGUGGGGGGGGGGGCAGCGGGAGGGACGGGGGCGGGGGGGGGAGGCGGCGGGGGGAGGGGAGGCUACGACGGGGGAGUGUCGGCGGCGGUGGUGGAUUAUCUGGACUGCGCCGACAGCAGCCGCACGGUGCGCACGGUGGCGUCCAUCGCGGGGUCCUCCGUGACGCUGUCGGAGCACUACAAGAACCGCGACAUCUCCAUCAUCAACACGGCCGACCUUCGAAUCGGGGAGGUGCAGUGGGGAGACAGCGGGGUGUACAUCUGCAAGGUGGUCAUCUCAGACGACCUGGAGGGGCAGAGUGAGGCCAAUGUGGAGCUCCUGGUCCUGGGUUUCUCAGGUGAUCCUGAGGACCUGUUACCUGGCUUUGAAAUGAAGAUAAUGCCAGAAUGGGUGUUUGUGGGGGUCGUAGCGCUGGGCAGUGUCCUGGUUCUCCUGCUGCUGGGGGUGUGUUGGUGCCAGUGCUGUCCCCACUCCUGCUGCUGCUACGUCAGCUGCUGGUGCUGCCCAGAUACCUGCUGCUGCCCCAGGCACUUAUACGAGGCCGGUAAGGGCAUCAAGGUGGGCACCCACACCCCCACCCCCACGGUGACGCCCUACCCCCCCUACUUCAUCUCCGGCCUGCCCACCAUGGUCCCCAUCGCCCCCCCAUCGCUGGUGGACAAAACGUCCCCGGUCCCCCCCUCCGACAGCAGCCUGCUGGCCUCAGUGGCGUAUCAUGGCGUAGGGCCCCUCCCCUACCGAAUCACAUCCAGCCAGCCCUCAACCCACCCCUCCACCCAGGACCAGAACUCCUUCAGGGUGCUCCAGUAUGUAGAGAAACAGCUGGCCCAUUUCAGUCCCACUCGCUCCCACGGCCACCAGUCCUCCAGCCUAUCAGAGCUGAGCUCCCUCCACGAAGGGGAGGCGGGGUUCCGGCAGACGUACCGGGACAUCCAGAAGAACGCCCUCCCCGCCAUCCCGGACCGCGACCCCGCCUUCCAGUCGGGGGACGACCAUCAUCACCAGCGCUGCCGUGGCAACCGCAGCCCAGAGCCGCAGCGGUACCAGAGGAGCCCGCCCGCCUCUCAGCGUUACCGUGACGACCGUGAUGACCCCGACGACGGCGGGCCCCUCCCCCCGCGGCGCUUCAGCGAUGACCCCCCCUCGUCGUCGCACACGGGGCGGUCCGUGCGUAAACCGCCCGGAGGCAGGGAGCCGGAGCGGUGGAACCCGCAGUCGGAGCUCCUCCAGCGGAAGGCGUUCCGCUCCAUCGGUCCGACCGGCUCGCUGGACGAGCUGGAGCGGGACGCCUACCGGCGGCGGGGGGAGGGGGGUCGGCCCGGCGACGGGCACCGCGGCAACGAGGACGAGGGGGACGCCGGCGACCGGAUGGAGCUCCGGGAGUUCCGCCGCCAGCUCUCCUCCCCCUGCCGCCGGGACGGCCCGCCGCAGCGUUACCGCGACGACCGCGGCCGCGGGGAGGAGGAGGAGGAGGAGGGGGAGGACGGGCGGCCGCGGCCCAGGCGGGAGAGGAUGAAGUCGGACGGGGGCGAGCCGGCCAGCCCCCUGGCCUCCCCCACCCGGAGGCGCGGCAACAGCUGGGACAGCGAGCGCCACCGCGUGCCCCCGCCGCCGGGCCCCCGCCUCAGCCCCCCCCCCGCCUCCUCCUCCUCCCCCUCCACCCGGGACAGAGACUACGACGGGGACUCCUUCCUGGGCAGCCUGCUGGAGCGCAAGGCCAGGCUGCGGGGGGCGGGCCCGGGGCGGGGCGACCAGGACUCGGACUCGCCCUCCAAGCUCAGCUCCAAGCUGAGCGGCGGCGAAUCCGGACGCUUCCGCAGCCGCUCGCCCAACGGGCGGCGGGAGACGGACUCGGCGCCCCCCUGCUCGGAGAGAGAGAGGGGAGGCGGAGAGAGGUCCUCGCCGCGACCGGCAUCCAGCCAGACUUCUAAAUCCUCGGCGCUCGCGUCGUCCAAUCGCAGAGAGGAUCCCCGGGACAAGCCCCGCAAGACGAACACACUGCUUAGCCGGGACUCCCUCAUCGUGUGAGGGGGGCCGAGGACGACCCGGAGGGUCCGGUCCUCAGAGGACCUCUGGUGGGGACUGAGGGGGGAGGAGGAGCGCAGGCCUGGUCCUCAGACGGGGCCCGAGAGGGGCCGACGUCAGACUCCGACCCUGAGAGGAGAACGCGACCCUGGAGGGCGAUUUGAACCGAUGAGCUGACAGUUGGAGGAAAGCAAGGACACUGUACAUCGAUACAUACGCACACACACACAGACACACACACACAAGAACACGCAUACAUACACACGCACACACACACACACAUGCACAAACACAUACACCACACAAAGAUAAACAUAAACAUACUAUUCACUCAUACAUAAACACACAAACACACAUUCAUACAUACAUAUACACACACACACAUACUGUAAAGUCAUACACAUACAUAUUACAGACGCAAUCGCACGCACACCCACAAGCACAUACUUUACACUGAAAACACACACAGACACUUAAAACACAAAAAACACUAAUUGUUAUAAAAACAGCUUGUUUCACACACACACACACACACACACACACACACACACACACACACACACACACACACACACACACACACACACUACUAGAAGCCAACAAGCAUAGGCAGACACACAUCCUCUGAAAGACACACUUGUCCACCAGCCACACAGAAGCAGUGGCGUCCCGGGAAGAUGAUGUCAUCGCUGCUCAGUAGCAGUAGCAGUAGUGAUGCCGUCGCUGGCUGCUCCGCAUGGCUCCGUGAUGUCAUGGCAACGGUGGACUCAUGCCGGGUCCCCCCUCGAGACUCUUUUCAGCCGCUCCUCCCCGUCCGUCUAGAAGCCAGCCUGUACUGGGUGGGUUGUACUGGGAGCACACUGGGAGCGCCUCCCAGUACAAUGCAACCAUUCAGUGUGACGUGACGACGCGCUCGCUGCAGGCUAUGGCGGCGGUGGCACGGUGGCGGUGUGUGACAGGGCGGUUACUAUGGACCCACCACUUGAGACGUGAGACACUCCGCUCCCAACGCACGCACACACACACACACACACACACACAUGCACACUCCCUCGGCGUGUCGCCCUGUGUCCAUCAUGCGCACGCACGCUCCACGAGGUCUAAGUACCAUUGAUUACUUUCCAAACGAAACAUAGAAGGGUAAAACAUUGGGAAUGUAUUCCCAAACCGCCCAGGAACACUGAAUAGUAUUUAACAUUUUGUCAUUUUUACAGAUUAUUUUAUCCAAAGCGACUUACAGUGAAUUCAGAUACAUGUCAUUAAUGGACGUCAGAGGAGAGGAGGCACCUAGCUCUAGCAUGUCUGCAGGUAGACCGGGGAGAACGCCCUAACCAUUAGGACAUCCUUCUGUCUUUCUUUCUUUCUUAUUUUUUUUUUUCCCUGUUGUGAUGUGUUUACUAACUGAAACUUUGUAGAUCUGUUUCCGGUCUGAGCGGAUGCCGGUCUGUAUUAUAUGGGUGCUAUAUACACACAGCUCAUUCCAGGUGUUGUCAUGUGUGAGCUCAUUUCAGAUUCACCUCCACUGCCUGAGGAACACAGCAACUCCUCAAUGUGUUGGGACUACAGGGUACUAGCGGUGUAAAUCACAACACAACGCCUAUACUGGUCCUUCACUUAGCUCUACUGGGUUUCAUAUUCUGCGGUCACCCAUGUGACUCGUUACAAACCCCCUCUCCCCCCCCCCAUACCUCAGACUCACCUCCACAACACAAGAGAGACCACAACUCAUCUUGAGUCCAGGGGGGCUGAGCCGAGGACACCAGCCUGUAUGGGGCAUGUGCAGCCACCCUGAUGUGCGGUGGUCAUUGAAUCCUCAACAUAAUCCGUCUCUUUGUGACGGUGGUGAAGAUGUGUUUCCUUCCAACGGUUUGUGCCAAGUGUGACACCAUUGCUCAUCAACCGUGUUGUCGUCUGUCCAGUUUCGUCAUGACUCACGCUCUGUUCUGUGUGAUCGACACAAUGUGUUGUUACAGAGAACGUCCAGGUUUCUUUGAGCGCUGAUGAAUGAGUCCACCAGCUCCAGAAUACGAUGCAUUAGAAGAAUAGUAGAUAAUGAUCUUUGUCUUUUCACUCCGACAUAAUCGUAACUGUGUGUUCAGCGAUUUCUGAUUUGUUUCAGCUGCCUUUUGCUUAUCGUUGGACUGUCCUGUUGACAACUAAACAAACAGUGUUAUCUGUAAUCCAACUCACACCCACACACAUGCCGACACACACACACACACACACACACACACACACACACACACACACACACACACACACACUAUUUCUCUCAAACGUACUCACACACAGACACACACUUCUGCGGUAAGCGUUUGUUCAUUCCAUCCUUCUCACUGCAAAGGAAUUGUCUCUGGUGUCAUCUACAUGCGUGAUUGUUAUGUGUUUAUGAGAGAGAGAGAGAGAGAGAGAGAGAGAGAGAGAGAGAGAGAGAGAGAGAGUGAGAGAGAGAGAGGGAUAGAGGAAGAGACAGAAAGACAGAGAGAGAGAGAAAUGACUCUUUAGUUUCGUGUAAAAGUCACAAUGUGUCCAUUGUAGGAAUGACAACAUGUCCCUGUUUACAAUACAACUAGUUCAAUAUGAUCUCUAAACACUGGCACGCAAUUACAAAUAUACACGCACACACACACACACACACAACUGCUACUUAACCAGACCCUCUGCUAGUGGACUAAACCAUGUCGUCCCCUAGUUAUUUAUUAACGCUCUCUUUGGUGUCUUGGUUUACAGCCAGCGUUUGUUUACCUUCUGCAAGUGGUUCGUAAAUAAAGACGUGAAAGCUCUCGACUGUGUUGUCUUCAGCCGUUUUAAACUCUGCAGGUGAUGGUGUUGAACCUGGGGAAGCAAAACAGACACACACAAUGUUGUGUGGGUAUGUCUGUGUUUAUAUUGUGAGCGUAGUUUGUGCACGUACGUAUGUGUGUGUGUCUGUAGACUCUACUAGAUGAGGAGGAGGACUUGACUAUAUCUCCAGCUUCUGACUAUUCCAGGAAUGUAGCUCAACAACACCCCAGGAACUCCGAGACAUAGUCAUCAUGUGACCAUGACAUCAAUGGGAUGAUAAUGUAAAAAAAAAUACUUU